AGAAGGGUCCAAUAGUUCAAUUCUUUCGGCUUCAAAAUUCAAAUUCAAUCAUGGUUUCAUCUUCAUACUAUUAUUGAUAAUUAUAAUAUUAUAGGAAAUAUUAUUUAUAUUAAUGGAAUACCUUGUGUGUCCUUUGGAUACUUUUGAGAUGGAUGUGAUAGAAAAAUAUCUGGCCCACCAUAUCCUUCAGUGUAAGGUAGUGAAUUUUCCCCUACUAGAACAAUCCUACAAAAGUUCAAGCCAUCCAAAAAUGAAAAACACCAAAAUUACCAAGAUAUUUAUCCACAAGGUUGAUGCAGAUAUUUAUGAUCAUCAAAUAGGGAUUAAGACAUGCAGAAAAUUGAAAGAAGAUCUUUGUAUUCAGUUUCAGCUCUAAUAAGAAGUGAAUGAAGCUUUGCACAAAAUUGAACUCAUCAUAGCAUGGAUAACAGAGAUUCAGAGGACAUCAACGAAUGGCAAGAAAUAGAACCAGGUCUCAGAUGGGGCAUGGUGACGGUCAACGAUGACUACCUUCAGGUUCCCGUUGACCAAUCCUCUUCAACUGACGACCCUCCAAUUCACCAUCAACAAGCAUCGUCGUCAGAAACUGUUUCGACGGCGGCGUCGGAGGACGACAACGGAGCUUCGUCGCCGUCGUCCGUUGAAGGUGAUACGGCAGUGACGGCGGAGGCGCCUGCACCGUCGGAUUGGAGGAUUAGGGUUGCGAAUGAAGGAAGGAAGCUAUUGAAGCUGCGGUUAGAGGCUGCGAGAAACGGCGUCGUUCGUGUGGCUUCCAUGGUUCGUGAAUGUGUGGUGUGUGUGGGUACGUUUUGGUCAGUCACGUGCGUGUUUGGAGUGGCUGCGGCGGUUCUGGUUGCGGUGGUUUCCGUGGGGUUUCGGCGGCGGAGGAGGAGAAGGGUUGACCGUCGACGGAGCGUAGAGGAACUGGUUGAUCUUUUGAGGGAGAAAGACGAGAUGAUUUAUUGUGAUCUGCUCUUACUUUAAAAGAUAUACGGUUAAUGUGGAAGACAUUACCCUAAUUAUAUAUCUGGUGCAGAAAAUUGGGCAACUCUUGAUUCAAAUUGCACAAUUGAAUGAAGCAUUGUCCUCACGUCGCAAGGUUCCAGUGCUCCGAAUCAGCAGCUGAAUAUACAUUGCAAGGCCAACCAGCCUGAUGAGUUUUGUAGUGCUACUUUGGACUUUACACUUUAGUUUUCUUCUUUUUAUAUGAAAAACUGUAUGUUAUGGCUUGAAACUUGGCCGCAUGUCAACGUUACAUUUUAAGAAUCUUAUAUUCUUAUAUAAAUAUAGUUCUAUUUGUUAUCAUUAA